AUGGUUGCGGGCACCCAGGCGAGGGGCGGGCGCCGUGGGCGCAGCCGCAACGGGCGCCGCCCAGCGCCGCGGGGCGCUGGCGGCCACGGCACCGGCAAGCGGCCAAAGCGGCGCGGAGGUGGAGGGAGCCGGCGGCCCAAGGCGGCGGCGAUGAGUGCGUACGCGGGGUGCAGCCCGGCGCUGCGAGGUGAGGGGCAGAGCAGAGGUGAGCCCGCGGGUGUGCGGGCGGUCACCGGAGAAGGAGGGGAGGGCGUCGGGGCCGCUGGCCACGGUGAGCUAGGAAGGGGGCGGGGCGCAGGGCCUCCGAGCGGCGCCGCGAUGCAGUGGCCGGAGCCGGGCGGCGGCGGCACAGCCCGCGGGCAGGGCGGUGCGGACGGGCUGCAGCCGCGGCAGCAGAAGCUUUGCAGGACGGGGUGCGGCGACGCCGCAGCGCCAAGCAGAGGCGGGCAACAGCGCAGAGGCGCGGCGGUUUGGCGAGAGCAGCGGCGGACGGCCGUGGCUGUUGCGGGCGAUGGGGACGGCGGUGAGCGCGCGUGCGUUCGUGCGUCAUGGACGAGGAGAAGGAGAGGAGGGAGGCUCACGGGGGCCGUAGGGAUUUUGGCAGCGGGGCGUGGGGAGGACGACGGGGACGACGCGAGCGAUGACAGGGACGAGUAG